UCUAGUAUUCCGCUGUUAGUUUUAAGUUACAAAUUUGUGUGUUCACGGAACAGUCGGCACGUUCAAAAUUCUGGUCAUCUUUUCGAUAAUUCAAGCCAAUGAAUUCGUUAAGCUUUGCUCAAAAAAUGAUCGCUCUAAACCCCAAGUAUAGAGUGGCUCGAAGCAUUAACCAAAUUCCUGCAAUUUAUGUCCCGUCUCAAAUACCAACACCACUGCCAAAUCCAUCAACUCAAGCAGCCGAUCGAUUGCUGCUCAGCUGGUUCGGUAGCGCAUGGAACAAGACGAAAAAUAUGGUUUUAGACAACUGGGAAUCGGCUGGCCUAAGAAAGAAGAGGACACCGAAAGACGAAAACCGGAAGAGUGCUGCGGCAACGAAUGUGAAUCGAGAUGACAAUGUUUCUUCACCAGUUGAUGAAUUAGCACAGACAAAGAACAAAGCUAAAAAACGUUUAGUGGAGAAUUGGGAUGCUAUUCGGGAAGCAAAUGCAAUAACCAGUCGACGUUUUGUUGAUAAUGCUAAGGAGGAUGCGACAAAGACGAUUAAUGAAUUGUCGAAAUCGACGAAGAAAACCGCUGACAACUUAAUUGACAAAACCACGGCGGAGAUACAAACAAAAAUCCGGGAAAGAGCCGAAGAUGUGAAAGGGAAAAUUUCCAAGUAAUUUGACCUGGAAAAUUCUUGUAGCCGGAAAUCCGAAUGAAAAUGAUUUUGAUUCCUAAGACAAA